AAUUUUGCCAUUAAAAAAAACAGCAUUUUUUUUUUUGUAAAAAAAAAAAAAAAAAAAAGAGUUACAAUUUUCAAAUAUUUUAGUAGCAAAUUUGCCUUAAAUAUUAUUUUAAGAAGAAACGGAUUAAUCAAAACUACUAAAUCAUAAUUUGAGCUUAGAGUGAUAAUCAUAUGAGUCAAACAAGAAUUUCAUAUUAACAACAUUUCUAUCCAAAAAUGGGUUUCUCUGCUUUGAUUCGAAUCGCCAAAAGAUUAUCUUCGUCAUCAUCUUCAUCUUCAUUGUUCUCAUCCUCAGCUUCUUCCAAUGGCCUCAACACCAUGCGAGGUGCCGUUUUUUGGGAAACCAACAAACCCCUAACAAUGGAAAAUUUCCAAAUCCCAAGACCCAAAGCCAACGAAAUCCUAAUCAAAACCAAAGCUUGUGGAGUUUGCCACUCUGAUCUUCAUGUUAUGAAAGGUGAAAUUCCUUUUCAUAAUCCUUGUGUUGUGGGUCAUGAAAUUACUGGUGAGAUUCUCCAACAUGGACCCCAAACUGAUUCCAAGAUCAUUCGAAGAUUUCCAAUUGGAUCUCGUGUUGUUGGAGCAUUUAUCAUGCCUUGUGGUAAUUGUCACUACUGUUCUAAGGGGCAUGAUGAUUUAUGUGAAGAUUUCUUUGCUUACAACCGUGCAAAAGGAACUCUUUAUGAUGGUGAGACUAGGCUGUUCCUUCAAGACUCUGGACGGCCGGUGUUCAUGUACAGUAUGGGAGGCCUUGCCGAGAUGUGUGUUGUGCCAGCCCAUGGAUUGACUAUCUUACCCGAAUCAUUGCCCUAUACCGAGUCUGCAAUUUUAGGGUGUGCUGUGUUUACUGCUUAUGGCGCCAUGGCUCACGCUGCUGAAGUGCGUCCUGGGGAUUCUGUUGCUGUUAUUGGAAUGGGGGGUGUUGGCUCAAGUUGUUUGCAGAUAGCAAGAGCAUUUGGUGCGUCUGAUAUAAUAGCCGUUGAUGUUCAAGACGAAAAGCUGCAAAAGGCGAAAACUUUCGGUGCAACUCAUACGGUAAAUGCAAUGAAAGAAGAUGCUGUUGAUAAGAUAAGAGAAAUCACCGGAGGAAAGGGUGUGGACAUUGCCGUGGAAGCGCUGGGAAAACCGCAGACGUUUUUGCAGUGUUUCAAAAGUGUGAAAGACGGAGGGAAGGCAGUAAUGAUUGGAUUAGCACAGGCCGGUGCUUUCGGGGAAGUUGAUAUAAAUCAUCUCGUUCGAAGAAAGAUAAAAGUGAUUGGAUCAUACGGAGGGAGGGCGAGGGAGGAUCUUCCGAAACUGGUGAGAUUAGCAGAGACGGGAGUGUUCAAUCUGAAAGAUGCUGUUUCGAAAGUGUAUAAAUUCGAGGAUGUUGGGAAGGCAUAUGAAGAAUUGAACAAGGGUGCCAUUGUUGGGAGAGCUGUGAUUGAGAUUAUGUAAAAUGUAAACUAAAUUAUCUAACUUUUCUCUACUAAGGCUGUCUUUGUUUUAUAACACACUAACACUGUUUGGUGUGGUGUGAUUAGGGAAAUGAAUAAAGAUGACAGCAUUGCUUACUUUGCUCA